AUCCUCCAAAAUGCGAAGUUUGUUGACCCCAAAUGAAAAUGUUACAUUUAUGUUCAAAAUUCAGGUUCAUCAAAAAUUUUAAUCUUCCCCCUUAACCGGCCCGGAUAGUGCCGAAAUGCCGAUCUUAAUUCUUUGUAGCGAUGUACGGGGUUGCUCAAGCCCGAAAGCCAGCCCAAGCCCAAGCCAAGCCCACCUUAUGCCAAGCACAAGCCCUAACAGCCAGGCCAGGCCCUGUACAUCGCUAAUUCUUCGACCAACCACCACUACGACGAUGUGUGAUACUAUCCUUUCGGUUGAUAUGACAACAUCUAACCACGCUGCAAGAGGCCCUGGACGGAGAAACGCCGCUAUUAUUCCAGGAAUUAACCAGGACCAGUGCUACGUAUAAGAGUUCUGGUUCCCAAGAAAAACGCUUCGCAUUCCUUCCCCACGUUUGCCUAUGAUCCCCCAAGCACAAGUCUACCUUCUCCUCUUUGCAGCAGUCCUAGGGACCACCAACGCGCAGAACUACUGGUUCAGUUUCGGUGACUCGUACACCCAAACGGCAUUCAACACUACUAGGACUCUCCCGUCUGUGGGUAACCCACUGGGGAACCCUCCCUACCCUGGUGAGACAUCGACCGGAGGCGAAAACUGGCUUUGCGCAUGGAGGCGCAACGAUCUCCGCAGACUUAUGACACCUGAAUUGCCUACCAUCCUUUCACUCACGGACCAGGUCAACCAGUUUCUGACUAACUAUGCGGCUAGACCUUCGACUACGCCGUGGGCAAGCGAGAAUACGUUGUUUUCGGUUUGGAUUGGGAUUAAUGAUAUUCUGAAUACCUAUUACUUGGGGGGUGAUCGGGAUGCGUUCUCAGAUACGCUGGUGGAUGCGUAUAUCGCGCUUAUGGAGGAGCUUGUGCUUCGUGCACAUCUUCGAAGGGAUUGCAAUGUUGGCGCGAGGAACUUUUUGUUCCUGAACGUCCCUCCGUUUGACCGGUCGCCAUUCACGCUCGCACUAUCGACGUCGAGUCAGGCUCUCGAGAAAUCCGUGAUAGAGGGGUUUAACAGUAGGCUCGCAACUCGUGCUGCUGCUCUGGGGGCCAACCAUAGUGAUGUUAAAACUUGGAUAUGGGACUCGAAUGCUGCGUUUACGGCGAUCCUGGAUGAUCCCACCAGUUAUGGUUUCCAGGAUGUGACAAGCUAUGGAGAUGCUGAUGGUCUCUUUUGGCGCGAUAGCCUCCACCCCACGAGCGACGCACAUGCGCUUUUCAGCCAAGACGUUGCAAAGCUCCUCGGAGGAUUUAUGUGAAGGAGGAAUUCUCGUACUUAGCCGGAAUAGUGUUGAUGUAGUAUGACAUUAAGUACCACGACGUUAUCAGAGUGUUGGAUCUGGAUAGGACACUUCUUCGUGCAUAAGACCAGACUUAGAAGAGGGCUUGGAGGGCAGUAGACAGAGUUGACACUAGAGGGAAUUGCCCAAACUUGCCAAUGUAUAUGAUUUCGUUUUUUGGAGGUAUGUUUCAGUUGAUUGU